AUGGAGGCCGUACAGCGAGGACCAAAGGUUGUUGCCCUCAGCAUGGCUUCCCAAAUGUCUAUGCUUCCUUCAAGCCGUCCUCUCCAUAGUCCUCCCCGCAACUUAUCGUUAUCGGCGCGCUUCCUCGCCUCCGCGCCUCGUGCCUCCCUAGUGUCGCCGUUACUCUCCGUUAGGUCGAGCAGAUCGUGCACUCCGCGUGGGGGCGUGUCGCUGCUCUCAGAUUUCGCGGGCCAAAGAAUAUCAGUCACGCCCGUCGGACACGACCGAUUGUUACGAGGACGUGUGGGCCCGCCCUCCUUGCUCUCUCCCCCCACUCCCCUUUCACAUUCGCAUUCUCCGUCCUUUCCACACAACCUGCUUUCCCCGCUGCGCGCGUUCGCGCGUGCCUCCUUCCCCGUGCGCAGGCUGAAGCAGAACCAGUGGGUGUACGACGUGUGCGUGGAGCGGCGCUGCACGGUGGCGGAUAUCCGCGCGCUCAACCCCACCGUCAACAUCGACCGCGUCCUCGCCGGCCAGCGCCUCGUCGUGCCGCGCCGCCCCUCGCCCUUCGAUCCCAUCGAGCGCGAGCUCACCCGCGCCGCGCAGCAGCUCUCCACCACCUUCGCCGCUGGCCCAACCGGCGGCGCCGCGCGCACGCAAGCCACCACCGCCCCCGCCAGUGCCGACUCCGCCCCCGCUGCCUCCGCGAAAAAGCCCGCUGGAACCACUGCCCCCCCUGCUCCGACCGCCCCUCCCCCCGGUCCUUCCCCCUCCCUCCCUUCCGCAGCAGCCCCGUCCCCCCCCGCCGCGCCCACCGCGCCGUCCGCAUCGACGCGCAGCACGAAGCCGGCUGCGCGCCCGUCCGGCGGGUCGUGGCUGGACUCGCUGCUGGGGGGCCCUGUGGGGGCCGGGCGGACCGAGGAGGUGGAGGAGUACGUGUUGAAGCGCAAGGAGUGGGUGUGUGACGUGGCGAGCCGCCUUGACGUGGACAUCGAGUAUCUGCGGCGCCUCAACCCCGGCGUCAAUCUCGACAACGUGCGCCCCAAGCAGCGCAUCAACGUCCCCAAGAGCCGCGCCGCGCGCCUCCGUCAGCAGCCGACGGCGGCAAGCGGGGCUGACGUGGCAGGGACCGGGUCGAAAGGGGGAAAGGAUGCGGAAGAGAAGAAGGGGAAGGAGGGUGGCGGGUUAGCGACAGGGGAUGCAGGGGAGAGGGACGGCAGGGCAAAGGGGGUUGGCGCGUCGCUGAAGAGCGUUGACGCGGGGAGUAAAGCCGCGGUCGUGGCGGAGGCUACAGCGUCCGCUUCCGCCUCCGCAGCUGCUUCCCGCGAUAAGCCUUCCGCGCGUCAAGCCGCAACCGUUGCGGCUCCCCCUCUCUGUCCCGUUCCCCCAUCCGUCCCAUCUCCCUCCCCUGCCCCCUCGCCGUCCCCGUCCGCACCAUCUGCGCCAUCCGCCGUCGCGCCCGUGUGCGCGCCUCCGCCCAUCUGCAAGCCGCCCGCCUCGGCGGGGCGGGAAGGGGCCAGUGCAGGCAGCCAAUCGGGCGGCGACCUGUGCGCGGUGCCAGAGGCCAAGGGCGCAGGUGCCGCGCGCGAGGCGAAGGGGGGUCCGGCGCAGGGUGUUGCGGCGGCUGGCGCGGCGGUGGGGGGAGUUGGCGGAAGCAGAGGGGCGCCGGCAGCGGAGGCAUCGUUUUUCGAGGCGCUGAUUCGGGCAGCGGACUACGGGCUUACAGUGGAGCAGCUACAGGACAUGAACCCGGGCGUCGAUCUCGCUAAAGUGAAGCCUGCGGACGAGAUCCGCGUUCCUGCGGGGCGCAGGCGCGCAACGGGCGCGGCGCUCCCGCUGGAUCCAGCGGACGUGGAGGCCAUGGGGGGCGCGCUCGUGGUGGCGGCUGGCGGGGCGGACAAAGGCGGCGGAGGCGGACCAGCAGCGGCUGGGGGGGCCAGCGGCGGGCAGCAGGGGCCCGCGGGCGGGGCAGCGGGGGCGCAUCUGGCGGGCGCGCGCGUGGGGAUGGUGAUGCCGGGGGACAGCUUGGCGGACAUCGCGGAGCGGUACGGCGUGGCGUGGCAGGAGCUGGCGGAGCGCAACGGCGUGCGCGAGGGCGAGGAGGGCGGCGGGCUGCAGGUGGGGCAGAUCCUCAUCAUCCCGGAGAAGAAGGCGCAGCAGGUGGCGUCCAUCGGGGGCGUCGGGCACUGGCUCGGCUGGCAGCCCGCGGGGGGGAGAGGUGGAGCGGCGGCGGGCGGGGGUGCGAUUCUGUCGCAGGCGCCUGCGGGGGUGUCAGUGUCGCUGUCCAUUGCGCUGGUGGUCGCGUCGUCUCUUGCAGCUGCCGCCAUCAUGCGCCUCAACGCGCCGCUGCUCUCCGCGUCUGGCGCGGGAGGGCUCGUUUCCAGCCUGCAAGCGCUGCCGUCGCGACUGCCAGAGCCCAUCGCGAGUGCGUGGGCGCAGGUUACGCGGGGCCGCGGCACGGACGGCGCUGCAGCAGGCGCGUCGCUGUCGCCCCUGCGCGAUUCCGCCACGGCCCCCACGUGGGUGGUGCCGCCUGGGUGGUCCGCGCCGACCCACGCGGACAUGCGCACCAUCCUCGCGCUCUCCUCCCUCUCCCCCUCCUCCCCCUCGCUCGGCGGCCUGCUCGCGUCGCAGGGCGUCGCCACGUCAGCCGCGCUGCUGCCCGCCAUAGACGCCGCGUGCCGCGCUGCAGCGGACUCGUUCCUCGCGUCCGGGCCCGUCCUAGCCGCCGUCUCGCUGCUCCGCGCGCCCCGCGCCGACCCCAGUCUCCUGCGCCUGCUGCCCUUCCGCCAGCGCCCGAAAGCGGGGAAGGCGGGGGUGUUGGGCGCGCAGGGGUUGGGCGGGGCGGACGGGCGAGGGUUGGCGCGGGUGGCGCUGGCAGCAGUGCCGCAACUGGUGGUGGGGAGUGAGGUCAUAGGCGCAUGCGUGUGGGCGGAGGGAGGGGAAGGAGCGGCAGGGGGUGCGGUAGAUGGGGUGGCGGUGAGGGGCGCUGAAGGGGCAGGGGACGGCGGGGAGGAGCAGUACUCGGUGGGGGUGCUGCUCAUGUCACUGCCGCCAGGGAUGCGCAUGGCAAGUGCUGUCAUUGGCGAGGGGCAGGGGGGGGAGCAAGGGGAGGGCAAGGGGAGUGGUGCAAGUGGGAGCGAAGCGGUGGCGUCAGCUCUUGCGGUGGCAGUGGGCAGACUGACUGAGGCCAUGGAGCAGGACCCGCUUCAGCCGUCGCCGCGCCUCUCGUCGCUGCUCGCCUUGUUGCCCUGCGAUGCUGCAUCCUCAGCAGCCGACAUUCUGGCAUCCCUGGUACCGGACACGUCCCUGUACCUCAUCGCAUCAUCGCCCAGCCCCUCGCCGCGCCCGCACUGGCACGUCUCUCCGCCGCUCGACUCCACUCCAGAUGCAGCAGCGGCAGCGGCGGCGGCAGCAGCAGGGCGCGUGGGGGAGGGGGUGACGGUGGUGGGGAUAGCAGAGGGCGUGGAUCUGAACGGGGCGUUUGUGGCAUCGGUGUUGGGGCAGUGGCUGUAUGGGCCCAAUGUCACGCUCCUGUCUGUGCCCCCCGCCAAGAAGCGAAGGGAAGCCAUCAGCUCAUAG